GAACACGUUUGUAGAAAUUAUUAAUAUGGCAGAAAUUCGUGUAUCUAGUGUUGUUUAAGCUGUGAAACUAAUUGACAAAACAGUAAUCUAUUACUAAAGAGUGCUGUGAUGUGUACAAAGUCGUGAAUUUUCUGGUCCCGUCCAUGUGAAAGUCUCUUUUUUGUGAAAAAAACUGACUAUAAUAAUAUCUUUGUAUCACAUUCAUUCCAAGUCAACAUCGAAGUUUUUGUGUUUUUUUUCCUUACGUUCAUCUACUUUGUUUAUUAUGAAUUUGAUUGUAUUCUGCCCUCAGUGACAUACAAUCAGAUUAAGUACAACAGUCUUUGCUUCAUUAUUACAGGUUAUUACAACGAGAUAUUGUCAUGGAUCUUCAUGGAUCCCAUGCAAUUGCACAACUUGUGUGUCACAGUAUACAAACAAAGUGGUUGUGGUAAUUGACAUAAAACAAAAGUGUGUUGGUGUGCCCUGGCAGGUAUUAUAUAUUGGAGCCACUGGGCUAUGGCCAACCUGAAUUUUGAGCAGCCUCCACGCAGUAUUGCGAAUACAAGCCUUACUUCGCGCGCGGGUGGUGGGGGGGGCUUAAAUUCAUCGACCCUUGCGGGUCAUGUCACGCCCACAUCGGGCAUGUUCUCAGGCUCAUCUGCAAGUACCUCAAGCACAGCAAACUCUGUGGUAGUGGUUACCAACGUUUAUCCUAGUGCAUCAGGAUCAGGAAGCACGCAGACCAAUCAUCAAUCCCAACAACAACAGCUCUCUCCUAUGAGUAGCAGAGGGCUGUUUGGACAAAGGGCUUUCACAGAUAGACGUACAAUGCCUGCUCUUGGAACCUCAAAUCCAAUGGGUAGUAUGGGCAGUUUUGGUAUACCUCCAAGUCGCAACUACGGAUCUCAAGGUGCGAUUAAUAAUUUCCAUUCUGUGUUUGGAAGUGGUGGAGGUGGAGAUACAAGUACACCCCCUCUAUUAGAUCUUUCGGAAUUUCCAUCUUUGACAAAUAGAGGUCAGGGUGAUUCCAUGCCCCAACCUAGUCCCAUGCCUGGAAAACAACCUUAUGUUGGAAUGGUAAAGCAACCAACAUCAGAGUCAAGUGAAUUUACUAUGAGUUCAGAAGAUUUUCCUGCUUUACCAGGCACACAAAACAGAGAAGGCCCAUCACCAGGCGGAAGUGUUUCUGGAGAUAAAAGUAUAUCCGUUGGUCUAGGUCCCGAAAUUGGCCAGGAUGUAUUGCAAGCAAACAGAGCACCUGGAUCUGAAAAAUCUCAGUCAUCUAAAAGAGGCAUUCAAACAUCCCCAGAUGGGAAGGUGACAAACAUACCUGCGAGUAUGGUAAAAGAUCAAUUUGGAAUGGUUGGUCUCUUAACUUUUAUCAGAGCAGCAGAAACGGAUCCAAAUUUAGUAUCUUUGGCAUUAGGACAAGAUCUUACAGCAUUAGGAUUGAAUUUGAAUUCUCCUGAAAAUUUAUAUCAAAAUUUUGGUGGUCCUUGGGCAGAAACACCAUGUAGACCACAAGAUAUCGACUUUCAUGUACCACCAGAAUAUCUUAUUAAUGCAGCAAUCAGGGAUAAGUUAGCACCAGUUAAACUAAAUCGAUACAAAGAUGAUCUACUAUUUUAUAUGUUUUAUACAAAUGUCGGGGAUGUCCUCCAACUGGCAGCUGCAGCAGAAUUGUACAGCAGGGAAUGGAGAUAUCACAUGGAGGAGAAAGUGUGGAUUACUCAAGCACCUGGAUUAGGACUUGUAGAAAAAACAUCGACAUACGAACGUGGUACUUACUAUUAUUUUGAUGCGCAAAACUGGAGGAAGGUAGCUAAGGAAUUCCAUCUGGAUUAUACAAAACUAGAAAGUAGACCUCAUCUUCCCACAAACUUUCAUCAAACCCAGCCUUGACUACAGAUCUGCCUGCAGACCUUUGUGCUGUCUUUAAGCUGGAAAGGAAUCAGCUAUUGUAUAAAUGAACAAAUUUAAUAAUCUUUAAUAAAAAUAUAAAAUUUGAAGAGUAAUAAAAUCUUCUUUGUUAAGAAUUUCGAUCCUAUUGGCAAUAUCAUACAUCAUUAUUUAAAUGAUUUGUUUAGUAUGUUAUGAUAUUUUUUAGAUAUCUUUAUCAAGUGACAUUCUUAUUUGUUUUUGUUUGUGUCACAAGGUUGAUUAUAUUUUCGGAAGCAUUUAUGAAAUAGUUUUCAAUGUAAUUUCGACUAUUAUUUUCACAUUCGUUCAAAUAAUAUCUAAAAAUAUAAAAAAUUAUGUUAAUAUUAUUUUUACAUAAUUUUUUUUUCAUAAAAAUAUAAUUUAUUAAAAUGUUACCUGUAAUUUACCAUUAUGCCACAACUAUUCGCAAUACCUCGUGGUGAAGGAUCAGCCAUCCAAUUUAUUCUCCACAUGAUCGCACCAUUACGCAAGUGAAAAUUUGCUAUGACAAAAUGUGAUAAAAAAUUAAAAUCAAUACAACAAUAUUCUGUGUUACAAAAUACAUACCAACGUUAUUUAAGGCAUAACUACGACGUUUUUCUUUAUACAAGUACCAUGCACUUGCUCGAAGUAAUGGCUUUUUAAGUAAUUCUGAUAAUUGCUCGUCAGUUAUCCAUAACGAAUUAUUAAAAAGAUUUUUUAACGUUGUAAAUAUAUCUUCUGAUUGAAGAAUUUUUUGUAUAGUUUCUUGCUCCUUCAACGUAAAUAUGAAAGAUAUGUCUAUAACAAAACGGGAUAUUUAUUUACGUACAUAAAUAUGUAUAUAUAUGCCAACAAAAUUUCAUCCUUACCUUGUUUCAUCUUUUCCAAUAGCCAUAUCCUAAAAUUAGGAAUAGGAGACAAACUAGAUAAUUCAUUUAUCAUCGGAAAUUCUGUAACCACUUGAUUAGCUACCUCUUUAAUUAGAUAAUUACCUAAUUCAAUACCCUAAAAAAUUUUAGAUUUAUAGUAAUACCUAUUUUUUAAAUAAUCAUAACAUUUAAAAUAUGUUUUUACUUGCAAGCCUUUUUGAGUGGAUGCUAUCGAAUAAAAUAUUGCUGCUGUUAUUUUUGAUUUAUCUUCUUCUAAAUAUGUUACUUGUGUUCCUACUCUUCCCAGAAUUCUCUGUUCUGCUUCUUCAAUUCCUUUUACGCUAUCUGCAAAUAUAUAUAUAUAUAUAAUUAUUCACUUAUAAUAAUGAUGAUUAAAAAUAUAGUGCGUAUAUAUUAGACAAUAAAGGACUAAACUUACUUGGUAUAGUAUCACACAAUGCUGUGUGUAAUACAACAAGAGGUUCUCUUGGCAUAGAUGGAUGCAUAAAUAUAUAACAUCUUCUAUAUGGUCCAACUCUUCGUUUUAAGUCUACCCAAUUUCUUAUUGGAUGUAUUGCUUCAUAAUCUGAAACCUUAUCAUUAAAAAUAAAUAUAUAUAAAAUUAAUAUAUAAAUUUUAUCAUUCAUAUACAUUUCACAUACAUAUACCUUUUGUAAUAUAUCACAAGAGGUCUCCCACGUUAUUCGUUCUAAAUGUAAAAAUCCUACUGAAAACCAUAAUAGUAAUAAAUCUUUAAGUGUAAGAUUUAGUUGCUGCAUCACAAAAUUCUUGUUGCUGUCACUUGUUUCUGAUAUCAAUUCCUAAUCAAAUCUUUAUGUUACUGUUACAUUAUAGAACUAUUUAUUCUUUAAUACUUACUAAAAUGUCUGUUCUUAGAUCAACUAAAAAUUUUACGCCGUGUUUAAGACGUCCCAUGAUAAUAAAUAACCAUUGAUACGGUGGUAUAAGAAUA